UUUGCAUAGUCAAGUGGGGACUUUGAUAGUUAACCAGUAAACUUAAACUCUAACAAACAUUAAGUAAAAUGGCACUAAUGAAACUCACUUUUGCUUUACUAGCCUUGGCAGCGUUGGCCAACGCCAAGCCAUCACAUCCUUUUGCACUACAUUCAGCUAUACCAGAUCAUUUCGAUUUGGCACCACCGGUGUUGCCACCAACACAUUUCCAUGCAUCGCCGCCUGUGGCCGAGCCCUGGCUGCCAGAGGCUCACUUCCAUGCUGCACCGGCACCAGCACCAGCUCAUUUCCUACCAGCUCCAGCGCCAAUUCUGCCAGCUCCAGCACACUUCCUACCAGCCCCUGCACCAGCAUUUCUACCAGCUCCUCCACCAGCACUUCUGCCAGCUCCUGCACCAGCACUUCUACCAGCACCUGCACCAGCACUUCUGCCAGCUCCUGCACCAGUUUUCCCAGCACCGCCAGCUCUUCUGCCGGCACCCGAAGUGCAUCACCAUCACCAUGUGGUGCCAGCUCCUCUCCCAGUACCCGUGCCUGUGCUGCCCGCUCCUCUCGCCCCUCCAGUGUUUGAGCCGGCGGCAUUUAUUGCUCCCUCAUAUCGUGCCAUUCCCGGUCCUAAAACCACAACUCAUCAUGUCUCAGUUGGCUACGCUUUCCCCACAGCUCACGUGGCCAAAAUCGUAGCACCUCAUGCGCAUUUGCAUGCCCUACCGGUACAUUCAGCGAAACUGUUAUCUCAUCACCACCACCACCACUCGCUUUUCUAAUUUCCUUCGAUACAAAGAAAAAGUGAUCAAUUAGAGGCAAAGGAUAGAUUAAAUGUGAAGAAUACCAAAGUCAUUUGUGUACCUGGCAUACGUACUCGCAUACACGAGUAUGUGCAUCAAAGAGUUCAAGUUUUACUUUAGCUCGAUCGUUAAUUUAUUUAACUGUUGUUAAGUUAAAAUAUUUUAUUUUUAUAUUUAUAGUUUUUUAAAGACUUUAUUGCAGCGUAAAUACACGAAUAUUUAAUUUAAA